CAUAACUUUUCUAUACACGAUACCCCUCCUCUCUCUAAUAUAAUCUCUCUCGCUAUAUUUUACCCUAAAACAAAAACUUCUAUAUAUUUUUUUAUAUAAUUACAUCUGUAUAAAUCUCUCUCCUACCAAUUGUAUCUGUUUAUAUAUAUUUUGUAAGGGGAAGUGAACCACUGAAGAUGGAGAACUGAGACUCGCUUCUAUUUCUAAGAGUGAGACUUGAUUUGGGUGAAAUUUUAUUCUGAUCUGAAAUCAUCCAGUUUUAGAGAGAGAAAGUUUUAGAGGGAGAGAGAGAGAGAGAGAAAGAGAAACAAUGGGAGUAUCUGGGUCGAAACCCAAAUACUUUCCGGGAGGUCGAUCGUGCUUUAGAAAGAAGCACCAUCGCAAGCAAAGAAAAGUGAUCAAAACCCAAUCUUUAUCUCGUAAGCUCAACAAGGUCGAUUCAUCAGCUCAAAUCGAUCCUUCUUUUUCCAAUCCCACUUUUCAAGUUGGCUCAGAUUCAUGGUUUGAUACUACGACUGUAAUUGACUCUGACGGUGAUGAUGAUUUUUACAGCAUUCAAGAUGAUGUUGUAUCUCAAAAUGGCUUGGAAAUCCGGCCAAAACAUGCUGAUGCUGAUCAAAUAAAAUUAGAUGACUCGCAGAGUGAGAUGAAAACCCCUGUUUUCUUGGAUGAAAUUUCCACUCGUUCUAUGGAUGAAAGUUCUGGAGGGGGCGAGACGGUUGGAAUGCAUAAUCGUGGACUUCUUUCAAAUGCCUGUUUACCUUGUCUGGCUUCUACUGAUCCCUCAGAUGAGAAGAGAAAAUCGUUUAGCAAUAGCUCUACAAGUUUUAAAAAAAAGGCAUCCUUGAAACUCUCAUUCAAAUGGAGGGAAGGACAAGUUAAUUCUUUUACAAAGUCACCAAAGGAACUUCUGCAAAGACCAAUAGCAGGUUCCCAAGUUCCAUUUUGUCCAAUGGGGAAGAAAAUGUCUGAUUGUUGGUCACCACUUGAGCCAAAUACUUUCAAAGUCCGGGGACCAAACUAUCUUAGGGAUAAAAAGAAAGAAUUUGCUCCAAACUACACUGCAUUUUCUCCUUUUGGUGUUGAUGUAUUCUUAUCUCCACGGAAAAUUGAUCAUAUUGCUCGUUUUGUGGAACUUCCUGCUGUUAAUUCAUCUGGAGAAGUCCCUCAAAUUCUUGUUGUAAAUCUCCAGAUACCGCUGUAUCCUGCUACAAUAUUUCAAAAUGAAUAUGAUGGAGAUGGAAUGAGUUUCGUGUUGUACUUCAAUCUGUCUGAGAGCUAUUCAAAAGAAAUUCCAACUCAUCUUCAAGAAAGCAUCAGAAAAUUAAUUGAUGAUGAAGUAGAGAGGGUUAGAGGUUUUCCAGUAGAUACAAUUGCACCCUUCAGGGAAAGAUUGAAGAUCUUGGGCCGAUUGACAAAUAUCGAGGAUCUUCAUUUGAGUUCAACUGAGAGAAAGCUCAUCAAUGCUUAUAAUGAAAAGCCUGUUCUCUCACGUCCUCAACAUGAAUUUUACUUGGGAGAGAACUACUUUGAGAUUGAUUUGGAUAUGCACAGAUUCAGUUACAUCUCUAGGAGAGGAUUCGAAGCAAUUCGAGAUAGGUUGAAGCACUGUAUCUUGGAUUUCGGCCUGACAAUUCAGGGAAACAAGGCAGAAGACUUGCCAGAGCAUGUGCUAUGUUGUUUACAGUUGAAGGAAAUCGACUUUAAUAACUACAGGCAACUCGGUUUUUAAGUUCAUCGUGAAUGGGAUCGGCCACAAUCUUGGAUUUUAAGUUAGGAACCUCAACCAGAAUGUCCUAAAAUACAUUGAAGGUACUUGGCAAUUGAGAACUGAUAAAGAGCCAUGUUACUUUCUAUUGUUAGCCUUCAUUUCUUCUUUUUGUAGUUUUAUUUAAUAUCUUCAUGAGUGUACAGUCCUGACCUACAAUAAACUUCAAUGAAAUAAUGAGAUUAUUCUUUGAUUAA